UCAUCAUCAGUCAGUCGCAAACAGGGAAAGGCUCGCACUCGUAUACGGAAUAAUAUCCAACAACACCUUUCUCGAGCCUCCCACCGGCUGAUAAAAUCACGACGAUAUCACCCAAGCCGUACGAAACAGUAUGACUUGCGUCUAGGCGGUCUCCUUGCUCGUUACUGUUAUUGCGUGAAAUUUCCCAGCUUAGAGCCAGGCAUCCGCUCCCCUCGGCGCGGACGGAAUUCGCCGCUUUCCACAUACGCGCGUGAAUCAAGCAAUUCAAGAUGUUGCCUUAUAUUAAUGCCCCGUUCGAGUUCGUCGCCAGCAAGCUCGGAGCUCCUUUGGACGAGUUCAAACUCAUCGUCUUGUUCUUGGGGUCGUAUCCGUUGGCCGCGCUCCUCAAGAGACUCCCUGACAACCAGCCGAAUCUCAAAAACCUCUUCAAUAUCGCAGUGACGAUUUUCUUCCUCGUGGGACUCUUCGAUCUCUGGGGUGGUCUUGCAGUCAUCUCAUUCGACGCCAUCGGGACUUAUCUCAUCGCCGCAUAUGUCUCGGGUCCAUACAUGCCAUGGGUCGGCUUCACUUUCCUCAUGGGCCACAUGUCCGUCAGUCACAUCUACCGUCUGUACGCCGCCAGUCCUAGCUCCGUCGACAUCACCGGGGCCCAGAUGGUACUUGUCAUGAAACUCUCGGCUUUUUGCUGGAACGUUUGGGAUGGCAAACAGAAAGACGCCGAUCUCAGCCCGGAUCAGCAGUCCCGCGCUGUCCGGAAACUUCCCAGCAUCUUGAACUAUGCCGGUUUCGUCGCCUUCUUCCCCUCGGUCAUGAUAGGUCCGGCUUUUGAUUAUGCCGACUAUGAACGCUGGAUCAACACGAGCAUGUUCGAUCUCCCGCCAGGAACCGACCCGUUGAAGGCCCCACCGACCCGCAAGAAGCGAAAGAUCCCUCGUAGUGGUACCCCCGCCACGAUCAAGAUGUUGAUCGGUCUGGCCUGGACCAUCGCAUUUCUGCAACUAUCCGCCUACUAUAGCCCGACCGUCGUCCUGAGCAAGCGCUUCGAGAACAUGGGCUUCCUUUUCCGCAUCUAUCAUCUCCACAUGAUGAACCUCGUGGAGCGCAUGAAAUACUACGGCGUCUGGACCCUGACCGAAGGCGCCUGUAUCCUCGCCGGUAUCGGCUACAGAGGUAUCAACCCCAAGACCGGCAAACCUGACUGGGAUCGUCUCACCAACAUCAAACCCCUCGGCGUGGAACUCGCCCAGAACAGCCACGCCUAUCUGGCGAACUGGAACUGCAACACCAACCAGUGGCUGCGCAACUACGUCUACCUCCGUGUCACGCCCAAGGGCAAAAAACCUGGCUUCCGCGCGAGUAUGGCCACGUUCGUCACCAGUGCUUUCUGGCAUGGCUUCGAGCCGGGUUACUACAUGGCCUUUGUCUUUGCAAGUUUCAUCCAAAACGUCGCUAAAAACUCCCGCCGCCUCAUCCGACCCUUCUUCCUCUCCCCCGACGGCAGCAAACCCACCGCGUACAAACGCUAUUACGACAUCUUCACCUGCAUCAUCACCCACCUCGUCUUCGACUUCACCACCACGCCCUUCAUCCUCCUCUCCGUCUCCUCGACCCUGCACGUCUGGCGCCAACUCUAUUUCUACCCGAUCAUCGGCGUCCUCGCCUGCAGCAUCUUCCUCGCCAGCCCGGGCAAAAAGCUCCUCGCCAAACGCGUCCGCGCCUACACCGGCGCCAGCUCCUCCUCCUCCUCGAGGCCCGGCAUCAAGCGCAACGAGAGCAUGGAGAGCCUGCAGGGCGCGACCAUGGGCAUCCCCGUCGACCCCGAGCGCGAACUCGACGAGCUCGUCGAGGAGGUCCUCGAGGAACUCCGCAGGCGCACCGGCCAGAUGGAAAUCCGCGUCGACGCCCCCGAGGUCAAGAAAUUGGUCCAGGAGAAAUUGCUCCUGAGGAAGGCCAGCUCCGACGCCGUGGCUCCCAGGGCCGGGGAGGAGAAGAAGUCGCUUUAGUCGGAGUUCCUUUUUCUUUCUGUGGGGAGAAGAGGUGGAGGGGACGAGGAGAUGGAAGGAGAAGGUGAGAAACGAGAAUGAGAAUCAGAAUGAGAGAAGGGAUCUUUCCCGCCAAAGCACAAGUGGCGCCGGGAAAAAUGCGCUUUGGGGAAAUUUCCAACCCUAUCUAUCUAUUUGAAUCCUAACUUUUGCGCGCGCGCGAGCGCCGCUCGUGUUUUCGUUUCCGUUUCGUUUUUUGGUCUUCUUCGCAUUUGUUAUGAGGGAAUGGUCCAAAGGGGGAUUUACUGGUGGUCUUCACUCGCACAGGGGCAGAAAGGUUGGCAUUGUUCGAGACUGCAACCUGGUCGCGGGACGUCGUCGGUCGAGGUCUGUAUAAGAUCUCAAGUAUCCAUGGAAAUGGUUGGAUUUAGGGUUCGGUAUAAUUUCGGCGGGUUGGCGACUCCUCGGAUGUGGGCAAGUGGAGUUAGCUAUAAUACGGAGGCGCA